CUCUGCGCAGCGUUUACGCAGAAAAAACAUCGGCUAAGAUAAAGUGCUAGCAAACCACACCUUAGCAACUGGACUUAGGAACUUAAAUCAUAUUGUAAUUUCGUCUUUAUCAGUAGGAGUUUUAUUGGAGAAAAAGUACGGCCAACACUGUUUACUAAUUCUGAUCAGAUCAGAUCAGAUCAGAAAUAACUGUGGAUAGCAGAUCAUAACAGAUAAAGAAUGGCGUCUCGGGGGAAAUCAGAAACAAGCAAGCUGAGACAAAACAUGGAAGAACAGUUGGACCGGUUAAUGCAACAGCUCCAGGAUUUAGAGGAGUGCAGAGAAGAGCUUGAAGAGGAGGAAUACGAAGAAACCAAAAAAGAGACACUAGAACAGUUGAGCGAGUUCAAUGAGUCAUUGAAGAAGUUGAUGUCUGGGAAUAUGACACUAGUUGAUGAAUUGGGGGGAAUGCAACUGGCGAUCCAAGCUGCCAUCAGUCAAGCAUUCAAGACCCCUGAAGUUAUCCGGCUGUUUGCUAAAAAGCAGCCAGGGCAACUGAGAACGAGACUGGCUGAGAUGGACCGUGAUGUGAUGGUUGGAAAGCUCCCUCGAGAUGUAUACACUCAACAGAAAGUGGAGAUCCUCACGGCUCUGAGAAAACUUGGCGAGAAGCUGACAACCGAGGAUGAAGCGUUUCUUGCUGCAAAUGCUAGUGCCACUCUGAGCCACUUUGAGAAAGUGACUGCGAACCUGGGAUCCGAAGAUAAGAUAAUGGCAUUGGCCAGUUCUGGAGUUGAGAAGACCCAGACAUAAGUCUGGUUUAAUAGGAUUUUUAAAACAAAUUGUGAGCGUGGCCUAAAUACUGUCUGUGAGGUUUACAGUAUUUUGUGUGUUUUUAUGAUUUUAACAGUGGUUGCAAUUUCUACACUUAGGAAAAGAAUUGGCAGAUGACAUCAUCUGGUCACUCAACCUUAAGUAUCUACGUUGGGAGUCAUCAGGCAGUUAUUUGUAUUGUAUACAUCCUAUUCAUUUUAUGUUUGAUUGUACAUUCUGAUUUGGGUACAGUGAAAAACUUGUUUACAUUUUCAGUCAAAUGUCUCAAAUAUUUACACAUAAAAGCGCAUUUUAGAAUAGUUCUUAUUUUCUGAAUACAGAGAGUUAAGAUUGCCAUUAUUCAAAAUGAUCUUGAUUCAUUUUUAACCCUCUGGUUGCAAUGUAAUUUAUUAACCUUAUCAAGUUGUCUGCCAAUACGCCUUUUGGUACUAGUAUUUGAUAGUAACAUAGACUGUAAUUACUAUGCCUUUUAAUUUUGUUUGUCAUUACUUUUUUAACCAGUUGUGAUAUUUGUAAAUAUUUUGUAUUUGAAUAUAUUUGAUUAUCUGAAAA